GUUGAAGCAUGUAAGAGCACGACUAAUGACUUAUCCUGUGGCCUGUGUCUGCAUCCGUGUUGGUGAAAGAAGAAUGUGAAGACAAAGUGGCAGCCUGAGCUAAAGUCCUGUCUCUGUGGGAACGAGCUGAUAGCAGGUAGACUUUGCCCUGAAGGGGAACCAACACUACAGGAAGAAUAGCAGAGCACAUUUCUCGCUGCCACCGCAAAGUUUUGUCCCUUGGUUGAUUAAAGCAUCUGAAAGUUGUCUGUGGAAUGGACCAAACUAAAGGCAGCCGUAAUGGUGAAUAUGGAUGGGGUGAGCCUCAGCCCAACCCUCAGGACUAUGGACAGAACUCUUACACGGGAGUGAGCUAUCAGGUGGGGGGAGGGAACGUUGCAGUGAUCACUCCUCCCGGCACAUAUGAUAACAUGAUCCAUCCUGAGGAUGUUGGAGCAGCUGGAGAGAACCAGCAGUAUGGACAAGCUCCACCUGUCUACAGCCAUGGCUUAGAGGAGAGCGGUUUCAGUGACGCUGCCAUACGAAGAGGUUUCAUAAGGAAAGUCUACUUGACCUUGAUGAUUCAGCUGCUGGUGACAGUCGGGAUCAUCUGUGCUUUUCUAUAUUGGGACACUCUCAGGAUAUGGGCACUGGACACCUACUGGUUCUGCUACACCAUGUUGGCAGUGGUGACGGUGCUCAUCGUGGCCUUGUCCUGCUGUGACAACCUCCGUCGUCAAGUCCCCCUCAAUUUCAUUGCUCUGGGCCUGUUUACUAUCGCAGAGGGCCUGAUGCUCGGAUCUGUGACAGUGUUCUUUGACGCUGAAGCAGUUCUGUGGGCAGUGGGGGCAACAGCGCUGGUGUCCUUUGCCUUGAGUGUGUUUGCUAUGCAGUCAAAGUGGGACUUCACUGCAGCAUACGGGAGCUUGUGGGUGUUUGCCUGGACCCUCUUCUCCUUUGCAUUGCUUUGUGCAAUUCUCCGAUCGCAGUAUCUCUACAUAUUAUAUGCCUGCCUGGGAACCCUGCUGUUUUCAUUAUACUUGGUGUUUGAUACACAGCUUAUCCUGGGUGGGAAACACAGAAAGUAUGAAGUGUCUCCUGAGGAGUAUGUGUUCGCAGCUCUGAACCUCUAUUUGGACAUUGUCACUAUGUUCUUGCUGCUGCUGCAGCUCAUCGGCCUCUGCCGCUGAUGCAGACAACAGUGUGCUGGAAGGGACCUUCGUAUUUAAAGACAGGAGGGUGCAGUCAAGAUACAGAAACGUAUGUUCUGCUAUAAUACGGUACAAUACAGUGUGUGUUCAUGUUUUGUUUUAAAAGUGCUUUUUGAGAUGUUAAUAUUAUACCAUAGUUACAUUUCUACAAACAUUGUACUUUAGUGCAUUCAAUAUUCAUUCCUGUUGAAUUUGACCAGUGUUCCUUAAACAAGAAUCUGAAUUAGAAACAAUCAGAAAGUAGCUCAGACUCCCUGUGGUCUGGACGUUUUCAGCUUUUCUAAUUUCUAAUCAGAUUCUAGAAAACAGAAUCGCGCCACUUUAACACUCCCAUAGAUCGCACUGGUUGCUGUGUGAAAUUACUGAUGUACUGUAGUAUAAUAUAGUAAUCUCAAUGAUCAAUUCAAUUCAAAACGCACCCGACUCAUCCAAAGGUAUACAAACCACACAUUAAAACUCAACAC